AUAGUAAAAUUAAUAAAAAAAAAAUGUUUUAAUAAGUUGUCGUCUCUUCCGAAAAAAAGGAAGAAACACAGAAAAGCUAAAGCUUCGGCAUUAUGUAUUGAUCAAAUCUCUCUCUCUCUCUCUCCUUUCCUUUUUCUUCCAUGGCCAAAAUGGAUCCAAGCAGCUUCUCUUUGGCCAUCUCUUCUUCUUCUUGAAGCUGCUUCUUCCUCCAAUUUUUCCAGAUUCUCCUCUCCUUCUUCUUCCUUCUUCCUUAUUUCGAUUUCGAUUUUGAAAAUUUAUUUUGAGAAAAACAAAAAUGGCUCAAUCGUGUCUUAAAAUUGUUCGAAUCAACAAUCUAAGGAACAGAGUGAAUCGUCGGAUUUUGAUUCUCCGACGAUUCACACGGUUGUUAUGGAGUAGAAUCGUUGCUUGUACUCCUGGCAAAUCUCGGAGAUAUCUCUUGCUUUCUCGCGCUGUUCCGUCUCCGACUGUUUCUCGUCCUUCUCCUCCUCCUCCAAUCCCCGCCGUGGAUGUCGAUGUCGUCGUCGUCGGUGGUGGUGGUGAGUUCGUUCGUCGUUCAUCGGUUGUCUACGACAACGAUAACAGUCAUCGGAGAUCGGAUUCUGAUUUGGUUUCUUUGAAGAUCAGCCUCUUAGGAGAUCCAGAAAUCGGAAAAACUAGCUUCCUGGCGAAAUAUGUUGGAGAAGAGAAAGGAGUGGAAAUGAGAGAAUUGGAGAAAGGGAUAAAUUGUACGGACAAGACGUUAUACAUGGGAGGUGCUCGCAUUUCAUAUAGUAUCUGGGACUUAGAAGGAGCUGAGAGAUCACGAGAUCAAAUCCCUGUGGCUUGCAAGGACUCUGUUGCUAUUCUCUUUAUGUUUGAUCUUACCAGUCGUUGCACGCUUAAUAGUGUCAUUAGCUGGUAUCAACAAGCUAGGAAGUCUAAUCAGACGGCAAUACCAGUUAUGGUAGGAACCAAGUUUGAUGAGUUUAUUCAGCUUCCUAUUGAUCUGCAAUGGACAAUUGCUAGCCAGGCGAGAACAUAUGCGAAGGCUUUAAACGCGACACUCUUCUUCUCGAGUGCUUCAUACAACAUAAACGUGAAUAAGAUCUUCAAGUUUGUGACGGCGAAGCUCUUCGACUUACCUUGGACAGUGGAGCGUAAUCUCACAAUUGGAGAACCAAUCAUCGACUUCUAGAAUAUGUAUUUGUAUAUAAUAUAAAAGAAGCGAACCCGAAGAAAGCGUUUUGUUUUUUUCAAUUCACCGCCAAAGCUUGUCGCCGUGGGACUGAUCGGACCACAGUUUCUAGUCGUAUUUAAGCGAAAUGGAGAGAUGAAGCGGCGGAGAUUUCGCCCGCUUUCUCCAUUAUUAUCUGUUUCAUUUUAAGCAAACAAACAAAAAAAGAAAAAAAAAAAAACAGAGAGGUAAUGGUUUCGAGAGGUAGAAACGCAAGAAAAAACAACAAAGAAAAGAGGAGAUCGUGAAAUGUUUUUCUUUUAUUUCUUUUGGUUUUGUAAUUUUUUCUCUUUCGAUGACCACUGGAGAUUUUUGGUCCAGUAAAUUCUAAAUAGUAAAUACCAUUUCGCUUUGA